CCUCGUGUCAAAUGUCAAUUUCGCAGUGGCAGCGCUGGAACUCAAACGUCAAAGUUUUCCUUGCCACGUUAGGUUAUGUUGAAAAAUACACUGAUAUGUUUGGUGCAGUGAAUCUUACUGAAAUUUAACGAUAAAUAAACUCAAUAAUCUCAACAACGGACUAGUUUCAGCAUGGAUUCCUACAGUUAUUUAUUUUUUUUUGUAUUGAUAACCUACACUAGUGCGACCGAAUUGACGUUUGAAUUACCAGACAGUGCCAAAGAAUGUUUUCACCAAGAAAUAAAAAAGAACACCUCCGUGACGUUAGAAUUUCAAGUAGUUACAGGCGGCCAGUAUGACGUUGACGUCACUCUACAAGACCCCAAGGGACAGAUCAUCUACCAGCAAAUUAAAAUGCAAUUCGAUUCUCACGUUUUCACCACCGAGCAAACGGGGGUUUACGUAGUUUGCUUCAGUAAUGAAUUUUCGACGUUCUCGCACAAGUUGGUCUAUAUGGAUUUCCAAGUGGGGGAUGAGCAGCCGUUGCCAGGUUUAGGGGAGCACGUCACAGUCAUGACUCAAAUGGAGUCCUCAGCACACGACAUACACAAAGCCUUAUCUACGAUACUAGAUUUUCAGACGCAUCAUAGGUUGAGGGAGGCGCAAGGCAGGAAAAGGGCUGAGGACUUAAAUGAACGUGUGUUGUGGUGGUCAAUAAUGGAAAGUGUGGCUAUUAUUACGAUAGCUGUGGGACAGGUUUUUGUUCUGAAGAAUUUCUUCACCGAGAGAAAACCUUUUAAUGUUAAGUAGUUGUCACUGUAUCUAAAUAAAUUUUGUUUGAUUAU